AGAAGUAUAAUCAAAGAGUAGUCGCCCCCCUCUCCUCUCUUAGGUUUGUACAGUUUCGGUGAAAAUACUGGAAUACGAGCAGUUAGUCUAAUGGCACGCUGACUACUUAGUGUAAUCAGCGUGCCAGUGAAUUAACUCGUCCCUCACACAUACACACACAGAACUUAUUUCUGGUUACGUCAUUAUUUUGAGACUACAAUGAAGUCACGAUGUUAAUUAUGUCGGAGCCCAAUGUUAUGGAAAACAAAGUUUUGAAUUCUUUUCGAAUCUAUUCAUUUAAUUUCUUGGUGAUUUUAGGAAUUAGGUUUAUUACAAAAACUUUAUGGUUUAUAUAAUAUUGUUAUUGAUACAAUCAAUGGAUAUUAUGAUAUAGCUUGGGUUGAUGUUGAUAUUGAAAAAAUUAAUAAUGAUUUAUUAGAUUUUCAAAAUCGUUGUCGAAAAUUACCAAAAGGUUUGAAAGAAUACGAUGCUUUCGAAGAAUUAAAAAAGACAAUUGAUGACUUUAAUGAAACUUGUCCAUUACUUGAAAUGAUGGCUAAUAAAUCAAUGAAACCACGUCAUUGGGAACGUAUUGCUAAUGUAACUGGACAUAAAUUUGAUAUUGAAUCUGAUAAUUUUCUUUUACGAGAUAUAAUGACUGCACCAUUACUUAAAUAUAAAGAAGAUAUUGAAGUAAUACUUUUAAUAACAAGAAAAAAGAUUAAAAUUAAAAAAAUAAUUUUCUUUUAA